UUUGGGGCCAGGGCUGGCUGCUCACAGAACUCAGGUCUAUCCAGCAGUCUUACUCCACAUUUGGUUAGGGGAGAGAAGAGGGCAAGACCAAGGCAGGAGGUCUAAUUGAUAACAAGCGAGCCAGGAGAAGUGGGGAUCGUCACUCAAACUGAGGAGGCUCAGAGUGGAGAAGUCAUUGGACCUAGGUCACACAGCGAAAGAACCUGGGGCCUGCCCUUCCCCCACUCUGAGCCAUGACGAUUCUGCGAUUAAUCAUGCUGGCUCUGGUGACAGGGCAUGUAGGGGGAGAGACCAGGAUCAUCAAAGGGUACGAGUGCUCUCCUCAUUCCCAGCCCUGGCAGGUGGCUCUGUUCCAGAAGACGCGGCUGCUCUGUGGGGCAACCCUCAUCGCUCCCAAAUGGCUCCUGACAGCAGCCCACUGCCGCAAGCCCCGAUACAUAGUUCACCUGGGGGAGCACAACCUCCAGCGGCAGGAUGGCUCUGAGCAGACCCGAACAGCCACUGAGUCCUUCCCCCACCCAGAGUUCAACUACAGCCUCCCCAACAAAGACCACCGCAAUGACAUCAUGCUGGUGAAGAUGGCAUCACCAGCCAUGAUCACUUGGGCUGUGCGACCCCUCACUCUGUCAUCACGCUGUGUCACUCCUGGCACCCAAUGCCUCAUUUCCGGCUGGGGGACCACAUCCAGCCCCCAGUUGCACCUGCCCCAUACCUUGCGAUGUGCCAACAUCACCAUCAUCGAGCACAAGGAGUGUGAGAAGGCCUACCCCGGCGACAUCACAGACACCAUGGUGUGUGCCAGCGUUCAAGAAGAGGGCAAGGACUCCUGCCAGGGCGACUCUGGGGGCCCUCUGGUCUGUAACGGAUCUCUUCAAGGCAUUAUCUCCUGGGGCCAGGAUCCAUGUGCUGUCUCCAGAAAGCCUGGUGUCUAUACAAAGGUCUGCAAAUAUGUGGACUGGAUCCAGGAGACUAUGCAGAACAAUUAGCAGGACAAAUUGACCCCAGCCCCAAACCCCCGACCCCUACUUGGUGCUGUGGUUCCUGUUCAUUCAGCUAAUAAUAAAGCAGCCUAAGCCAGGACUCCUUUAUGUGCUUUCUCUGGAUCUCCUUGACUACAAGAGAUGCUAUAGCUUAAUAAUCAAUUUGGGGUUUGGAAUUAGCAAAGCCUAGGUUCAAAUUCUGCCUUGUACUAACUUGUCACUCUGGGAGUGAUAAUAGCUAUUUGGGUCACUGUUGUAUCCCCAGCCGCAAAGACGGUUCCUGGCACUCACCAAGGUUUCAAUAAAUAUUUACCGAAUGAAUGAAUCUUUUGGGUGCUUC